AAGCGGCGGUGCCGCGGCCGCUGCGGGAUAGGGGUGAUGCUGGCGGGAUCGCGCCGCGUGGCCUGCGCCGUGUCCGGCGGGGUGGACAGCGCCGUGGCCGCGCUGCUGCUGCGCCGCCGAGGCUACCAGGUGACAGGCGUCUUUAUGAAGAACUGGGACCCUCUGGAUGAGCAAGGAGCUUGCUCCGUCGACAGGGAUUGUGAGGAUGCUUACCGCGUUUGUCAGAAGCUGGAUAUUCCUUUCCACCAGGUUUCCUACGUGAAAGAAUACUGGAAUGAAGUAUUCAGUGACCUCUUAAAAGAGUAUGAAUUGGGAAGGACUCCUAAUCCUGAUAUUGUGUGUAACAAGCACAUCAAAUUCAACUACUUUCUUCAUUAUGCUAUGGAUAACCUUGGAGCAGAUGCAAUUGCUACUGGGCAUUAUGCUAGGACCUCACUAGAGGAUGAGGAGGUGUUUCAACAGAAACAUGUGAAAAGACCACAAAGGCUUUUCAGAAACCGUUUUGAAGUUAGAAAUACUGUGAAACUCCUUCAAGGGGCCGACCUCUUUAAGGACCAGACCUUCUUUCUAAGUCAGAUCUCGCAGGACGCUUUGAAGAAAACCAUUUUCCCUUUGGGGGAUUUAACAAAAAGUUUUGUCAAGAAGAUAGCAGCGGAAAAUGGCCUUCAUCAUGUGCUAAAGAAAAAAGAGAGUAUGGGAGUAUGUUUCAUUGGUGAAAGAAACUUUGAAAAUUUCCUUCUCGAGUAUUUAGAACCUCAACCAGGUAACUUUGUUUCCAUUGAAGAUAAGAAGGUGAUGGGAAAACACAAAGGCUGGUUCCUCUACACCAUAGGCCAGAGGGCUAGACUAGCAGGCCUGAGGGAUGCUUGGUUCAUUGUAGACAAAGAUGUCAGCACUGGAGAUGUCUUUGUGGCACCAUCAAGAGAUCACCCUGCUCUGUACAGAGACUUGCUGCGGACAAACCGAGUGCACUGGAUAGCAGAGGAACCUCCCGCAUUGCUUGUUAGGGAGAAGAUGAUGGACUGUAAUCUCAGGUUUCGGCACCAGAUGGCACUGGUGCCGUGUGUGCUGACUCUAAACCAAGAUGGAAGUGUGUGGGUGACACUAGUGAAGCCAGCAAGAGCUAUCACACCUGGGCAGUUUGCAGUGUUCUACAAGGGUGAUGAGUGCUUGGGCAGUGGGAAGAUCCUAAGGAUGGGCCCAUCGGUGUACACCAUGCAGCAGGGCAAAAACCGAGAAGAAGGUCCAAAGAAGGAAGAGAUUGAUAAGAUAGAACCAGCAACAUAACACAUGGGUUUGUUUAUUGAAGGAGAAUUUGCUGCCUGGGCAUAAUAAAACCAAUAAUAAGCACA